AAAGGCAUUUGCCACCACCGCCCUGCUCUUGUCUGGUUCUUGUUGUAUAUUUGUUACACUCCAAAAGGGUACUACCAAAACAAAAUCCCCCCUAGGAUGAGAACAACACACUUGUUUCACAGCAACCUUGCUAACACUGGGUGUUCUCAUUUUGAGAAAAUUCUAGUAAUGUAGUAACUGGGAAGUGUUUCCAUAUUUUUUUUGAAUUGGCUUUCCUUCCAUGCCUGAGCUUCAACCUUUCCCCAAAUAUUCUUACCCCAUCGCAUUCCUUCCUUCAGGCAGAGUAUGCAGUCCUUGAGUUCCUCACCCAUUUAUCUACGGGGUCUUAACCCUUUGACUAUUUUGUGCGAGCUUUAUCUUAUCUGUUGUGUGUUUUCCUUUAACAGUGUUAUUUGCUUUUCUUGGGCUUUAGCAGAGAAAGAACACGUGGCCAGAUGGGGCUUUUUAGAAGCCUCCCCCACCUCUCUUUUCAUUGUCAGCACUUAUCACCCAGAUAUCUGGAUAUUUUGUCCAGUGUCUUUGCUUACUGUUGGUGUGUCCUGAUGGACUGGAAGACCCAGGAAAGGAGGGCCCUUGCGUGCCUUUACCUGUGUUCAUCACCUGUCUGGUGGGCUGGUUGGAAGCUACCAGCUUUUGUGGACUGAAUGGUGCACUGGCACGGGGCAGGGUGGAGAACAAGCUGAAGUUUUAGAAACUGGGACAGUGACUUUUGUCGCCAUGGCCUGUGCAAAAGACAGAGGGAGCAUGGGGAUGGUGACAUAUUGCAGUAAAAUGACUUACCUCCAUGUGGAUCCAUCCAGGGGUUUAUUGGAAGAAGGCCACAAGGAGGAGCCAGGGAUGGCUUUUAGAAUUCAUCAUGUGGUAAGAGCACAAAGUGCACCAGCUUAAAGUUGGGUGCUCAGAAUUCCUGGGUACCUUUAGCCAGGCCUGUACAAAUGAAGCCCAGAUGGGAAUAGGGAACCCAGGAGCUGCCUUGUGCCUUCAGGAUUUCAGUGGCAUUUCACAGUAGCCCAAAUUGGAUGGCUCGAUUAACCCAUUAUACAGAUGGGGGCCAUCUAGUUCCAAACAAGGGCUGAUAGUUCAGGUUAUUAAGUGAGUUGUUUAAGGCAGUUUCUGGUUCUGGGGCCCUGGACUUUUGUCCCCACCCCUCUUCCUGCCUCCAGGGACUAGACUGGCGCCGAGCAGGGGCAACUGCAACUGGUCCCCUGCUGGGCCCCCGACCUGCCCUUGGCCUCUGCCCCGACCCCUUCCCGCCUGGGUGGAAGCCCUAGCUCAGCCUGCUGCUGGCAACUCCUACCCGGCUGUUCGCUCGCACUGGUUGGCUGGCCUGGCCCCUGAGCCUGCCCCGCCGCCCCGCCGCCCCGCCCCACCCCGCCCCUCUGAGCUGCUACUAAGUUGGUCCGAAGGCAGAGGCUUCCAAGGUGGAAGCUGGAUCCGACUGCCAGGAAGCGGCCAGCGCACGAGUGGCGCGAGGCUUGGCUUCCACGUGCGAGCCUGCUCCACCACCCCGCCCUCUCCGAACUCCCGAGCCUGGGGACUCGCUCUCCAGGGACGAUACCUGCACCCUGCCGUGGCACUAGCUGUGGCCAGACGUCCACGCGCGGCCGCCUGCUUCUGGAUCUCGCUCCAGCACCCGCUGCCAGACGUGCAGAAGUGCAGAAGACUGCGCACCCAUGGAGAGUCUGGGUCGUUCAUGCCUGUGGCUGCGCCAGGAGCUGUCGCCCCCGCGGCCACAGCUUCUACUGCUGGACUGCCGCAGCCGGGAGCUGUACGAGUCAGCGCGCAUCUGCGGGGCGCUGAGCGUGGCCCUGCCUGCCCUAAUGCUGCGCCGCCUCCAGAGAGGGAGCCUGUCCGUGCGUUCGCUCUUGCCUGGGCCACCGCUGCAGCCUCCCCCACCCGCCCCUGUGCUUCUGUACGACCAGGGUAGUGGCCGAUGCCGCCGUGAAGAGGCAGAGGCCGAACCCCAAGAGUGGGAGGCCGACUCCGUGCUGGGCAUUCUCCUCCAGAAGCUGCGAGAAGAAGGCUACCUGGCCUACUACCUGCAGGGUGGUUUCAGCAAAUUCCAGGCCGAGUGUCCUCACCUUUGUGAAAGCAGCUUCAGUGGUCAUGCUGGCUCAAGCCUGGCCCCAGUGCCUAGCUCAAUGCCUGUGGUGGGGCUAGGCAACCUGUGCUUGGUCUCUGAUAUCUCCGACGCAGAGUCUGAGGCUGACCGCGGCUCCAUGAGCUAUGGCCCAGAUUCGGAAAGCGCCACAUCCCCUCCAGCUGGGCUGCUACCACCCUUCCCAGUCCAGAUCCUGCCCAAUCUCUACCUAGGCAGUGCCCGAGAUUCAGCCAACCUGGAGAGCCUGGCUAAGCUUGGCAUCCGCUAUAUCCUCAAUGUCACCCCCAAUCUCCCUAACCUUUUUGAGAAGAAUGGUGACUUCCACUACAAGCAGAUCCCCAUCUCUGACCACUGGAGCCAGAAUCUGUCCCAGUUCUUUCCGGAGGCCAUUGCAUUCAUUGAUGAGGCCUUGUCCCAGAACUGUGGGGUGCUCGUCCAUUGCCUGGCAGGGGUCAGCCGCUCUGUCACCGUCACCGUGGCCUACCUCAUGCAGAAGCUCCACCUCUCACUCAACGAUGCCUAUGACCUGGUGAAGCGGAAGAAGUCUAACAUCUCGCCCAACUUCAACUUCAUGGGGCAGCUGCUAGACUUUGAGCGCAGCCUGCGCCUGGAAGAGAGGCGCUCUGGGGGUCGGGGCAGUGGGGGGCCAGAGUCCACUGUCUCAGACCCACCUUCUUUCUUUACUACGCCUACCAGCGAUGGGGUAUUUGAGCUGGACCCCACAUAAAACCAUGUGGGGCUGCUAGGCUGGUCCCUACCCAUGACCCCAUGUAUUAGCAGGGAUGGGAUGCAGCC